AUGAGUGUUUUGUCGCUACCGGAGUGCGUUAAGAGUACGAGCAUUUUCAGAGAAUUUCAUUGGAAAGUUGCGUUUUCAGACUUGUUCCCAAAGGAGCAACUUGAGUUCUCGUUUUCGAUCACAGCCGACGAGAAACCAGUUCUUCACGAAGUGGAAUCACAUCAUAAAUCACUCAUAAAGAACUUCUAAUUGUAGGUGUUCAAGACGCAUGCGAGUUUCCACGAAUGUGGCGAGAUGAUUGAGGCGGUUUCAAAGAAGCAUCCAGAAUUGGGAAAUAGACUGGCUGCCGUGCUCGAGGGUAACAAGAAAAGAUUGGAGGGUUUGACUCCUACUGCUGUGGAGUAUGCUAAAGAAGUGAGUAGUGUUUUGUGAUAUGUAUCACGUCAAUUGUUUACUUUUCCGAUUUGUCUUUUCGAAACGAGAGUUGUAAAUUUCUUUCUCUUUUCCAUAUUUAAAAAACUGUGAAGGCCAGGUGUCUGUAAAGCUCAAACGCAUACGAGCUCAUUCCCUUUAUAGGAAAUGUCUGUUUUGAGAUCGUUCCUUUUGGAGUUUUGAUCGUUCCUUUUGCUAGAACUUACAUUUUUUAUCAUCAGUUUCAGCUGAUCUGUAUGGUGACCCACACCCUCUGCUCUCUUACCACUGGCAAGCCGGUAGAUGACACCGAGGCUAAGCGUCUCCACGAGAAGUUCCAGACACUUUCCGACGAGGACAAAAGCGGACUUCAGAGAAAUAAUCCGGAUAUCAAGUUCUAA